AUGUCAGCAUGGAGACUGUGGGAAGAUGGAAACGCCAUUGAACUUGUGGACUCUUCCUUUGUUGCAAGUUUCCGACUUCAUGAAGUUCUGCGUUGUAUUCAUGUGGGACUCUUGUGUGUUCAGGACCAUGCUAGGGAUAGGCCACUUAUGUCAUCGGUUAUGUUUAUGUUCGAGAACGAAAGCGCACCGCUUCCAGCUCCAAAGCAACCUGUGUAUUUUGCUCAAGGUACUUGUGCGGACGAAGAAGGAAGGGAGAUUACAUCAAACUCUGUGAAUGCAGUGAGUAUCACAACAGUUGAUGGCCGUUAG